GGGAGUGGGCAGGCUUGGAUGUGAUCAUCAUCCGCUACUUUGGAUCUACAGGCCCGAAACGUUCGGGAGGCUGUGGCGGUGUUUUGGGGACCAGGAACCGGACCAGGCCGGGUUGGUACUUUGAUUCUGUCCACAGCGGAGUACAACUUGACUCAGAUCUCGGUCACGCUUCAGUGUCACCAUGGGUUCCUCCACCACAUCUGCCGCUCUGUUGUGUCUGCUGGCGGGGGCUGUGGCAGCCAUUCAGACCCCCCAGACAAUGUUUUUGGAUAAGCAGCAGGCGAGCUUAGUGAUCUCCCGUCAGAAGAGGAACGUCGGCGGCAGUAACCCUUCCCGGGCUUCCAGCCUGGAGCAGGCUUGCAUGGAGAGGGUGUGCACCUACGAGGAAGCCAGAAGGUUCUUCCAGGACUCGUACCGCACGGAUAUCUUCUGGUCUGUCUAUGUUGAUGGAGACCAGUGUGCAGAUAAACCUUGCAAAAAUGGAGCCCUGUGUUCGGACAGCGUGGGAGGCUACGACUGCGUCUGCAAGUCAGGUUUCACGGGGGUCCACUGUGAAAAAGACGAGACGCUGUGCACCCUGGAAAAGAACAAGGGCUGCUCCCAAUUCUGUAAACCAGGCUACACAGCCUACCAGUGUUCCUGCGCCCGUGGAUGGAAACUCAGCCAGACAGACAGGAAUAAGUGUGAACCUGCAGUCAGAUACCCCUGUGGUAAAGUGAACAGUCUGAGUCGGUGGGAAGACAGACAGUCCAGCAAUGCCCGCGGCAACUUUGAGGGACUUAGCUGCUCUCCUACAGAGUGUCCUUGGCAGGCUCUUCUCAAGAGUACAGAGUCUGCAGGUUUCUGCAGCGGUGUCAUUCUGAAGGAGAACCUGGUCUUGACUUCGGCUCAGUGUGCCAACAAAUACAACUCCUUCCAAGUGGUUGUUGGCAAGCGCGGCACCAACCCUGAAGAUGGAGAGCAGACGCUAUAUGUAAAAUUAGUUCACGUCCACCCACGCUAUGUGGAGGAUCGUCCUGAAAAUGACCUGGCCGUUAUUGAGCUCCGUGACCGCAUCAUCUUUAAGAAGGAGGUGAUUGCUGCUUGCCUGCCAGAAAGAGACUUUGCUGAGAGCGUCUUGAUGACAGGAGAGCUCCCCGCAGUGGUCACUGGCUGGAAAGAAUCCCAACAGGUGUCUGCUUUCCAGGGCCCGCUCAUGCUUAACCAUCUAGCGUACAACCGGCUGCCUCAGUGUCUGGAGACUCACUCCAAUCUGAUGACCAAUAAAAUGGGCUGCACUGCUCCUCGGACAAAUGCUGACUGCACCAUGAGCUCUGGCAGCCCCUUACUCACCCUGUACAGGGAGGUGUUCUUUCUCACUGGGGUGGUGAGCCAGCCCCCAGGCGCAGAGUGUAGCAAAGGCUACAUCUUCCAGAAAGUGUCUCGCUACCUAGGCUGGCUGCAGCCGCUCAUGGGCACCCGUUAGGUGGGGUAGUCAGGGAGAACAUGAAGGUUAUUGAUUACUGAUUUAGGAUGAUGCAGGUGAAUAUAUAUAUAAUAAGAAAAAAAAGGGAAUCAGAUAAUUAUUUCCAUGUGUGCUCUCCUAGUUCAUUAGUUUUGCCUGUCUGUCUCUUAAUAAUACCCAUCUCCAGAAGGAAAAACUAUCGUAACAACAUAGUCUUCUCAUCACUCUAUAUGGACUUCCUCAUUCAUCCACAAGGUGGCUCUCUGUUAACAUAAACAGAGAAGCACUUAACCCUAUGGGAACACCAACGGUGGGGCCAAACACAACAGCAAGAGAUGAAGUGAAUUAUUCAGCAUGGGUUUUGUGACGUGGACGUACCAUUUAAUAACCCUUAAGUGAUGUUAUUUUUAGUAAUUACUGUACUGGUUGACAUGCACCUUGUAACAUUCUUGGUAAAGCCUCUUCUAUGAAUGUAAUAAACCCCAACUCCACACCUGA